AUGGCCAUGGUGUCGCAGCACCCUGCUGUGCGUGUGCUUCGGGUGGCGUUGAAGCUAUGUUUGCGUGUGAUGGCGCCUGAGGUGUUCCUCCGACAACUUGCUGCGCUGGCCACGCUCAUUGUUGUACGCCAUUCGUUCUGGCAGCUCCGGCGCUGGCUCCGGCGCUUGGCCGGCAAGGUGCCCUUUGCCACAGGACCCAAGGCCAAGAUGCGGGAAGAGCUGCGGAUGGCUCGCAGGAAGUGCCGAGACUACAGUAGCUUCCAAAGCAUUGGGGAGAAGCUGGACAAGCUUGAGGGCAAGGACAAAUGGAAGCGUGAUGACAAUUCGCCUCUCUUUGAUUCUGAGCGCUUGAGAGAACGGACAAAGCGAUACCAGGAGAUGAUGGCUGCGAAAGACGUGGAUGCUUGCAUGUAUGCCUUGCGUGGCGAGCUGCUCCGAAAGCACUUCGGCAUUUGUAACCCUGCACUGUUCCAGGUGUGCAACACGGGCACCAAGACCAUGAUUGAGAAUUAUGUGGCAACUGUUUGUGAGGCCAUGACCUGGGUGGGCUUCUCCUACAACGCCCCUGGCGUCCUGCACGACCCCGAUACCAAGAAGGCAGAUAUUCAAGCACGCUUGGCUUUCUUCAACGAGACGAAGCACGGCUUCGGGCGUUCGGCGCUGCUGUUGUCGGGCGGCGCGUCCGUUGGGAUGUACCACUUCGGAGUCGUCAAGGCUCUUCAUUUGAAUGGUCUACUCCCUCGAGUCAUGAGUGGAACAUCCGCUGGCUCCAUCGUGUGUGGAAUGCUUGGCGUGCGCACGGAUGAGGCGAGUGCGGCGGGAGGAUUUCUCCUGGUCAGACAACUUCAUGUUGGACUUCUUUGGUGGGAAGGACGUGCAGCGCUACGUGCGCACGGGGGAAGAGCUCUACUCCUCUGA